UACUCAAGUUUCUACACUGCUCUAGACUGAUGAGUAAAUCUAAAUGUAGAUUUAGCCAAGUACCAUUCUCUAUAGUAACUCUAUACUGACUAUAGAAUAGAUUAGUAGAUAUAAUAAACUAGAAAGAUAUAACCAAAUCUAGAUUAUUUCUAGAUUUAUGCUAGAUCUAGUCUCGACAGUAGUGAACCAUCUAAAUGUAAUUUACUACCAUGUCUACAAAUACAGCCACAUCGGUUUCUACGGGAUGCUUUGUAUCAAAAGGAAAAUAUAAGCGGGCUAAUGAGAUAAAUUAUUUGCCAGAUGAAGAUGAUAAAUUUAUCAAGCAUAGACUGAAGCACUAUGCCAAGCAGUGGGACGAGCUUUCUGUUCAAAUUGAUGUGCUGAGAUCAGAUUUAAAUGCCCAAAUUUUCGAUGAUUUAGUUGCAUUUAUUUUAUCUUGCCAUAAAGAUAGACAUGAUAUUCACAGACUUCCAAUCACUGAGAUUCCAACUGCUGUCUUGGUAACAGGUGUUAAUACACCAGACCAUGGAGUCAUGUUUUCCAAUAUGAACUAUAUAAUCAAGGCAAAAGUAACACCAUUUGUAGCCCGUCUGUUACCAAAAGAUUGUCUACGUAUCUCUUCUCUGAUUAAUAGCAUUUAUAAUCAACUAACUAACACAUUGAUAAACCCAGAGGAUAUUGAUUUGGAUGAUAGUUUUAUUGAUGAAAGCAUUGAUGUUGAUAAUACAGUUUCCUUAAAAAAAUCAGUACGGAGAAAACGCACUGUCAGCAUGUCUACUUUAUCUAAGUGGUAUUCUGAAAAAUGCCGAACUUAUGUCGAUGAUCAGUCUCCUAGAAAAAAAGCCAAAACCUUUGCCAGUCCUAGGAAAAAGACGUUAGACCUCAAGUCGGUCGAUGAAACAGAAAAACAGGAUUCAAAGCCUCAUAUUGUUAUUAUGAUUGAGGAUAUUGAAAAUAUGAAUGCAAGCGUUUUGCAUGAUUUCAUUUCUCUAUGUAGCAGCUACCUUUCAACCUUACCCAUAGUAUUAGUUUUGGGAAUAGCCACAGCAAUUACUGCGAUUCAUCAGAUUCUAUCAUCGAGUACAUCUUCAUUGAUGUGCAUGGAGAAGUUUCAUGCUCCACCAGCGUCACAAUACCUCACACAUUUGUUGGAUAAACUCAUCAUGACACCCAGCAUUCCCUUCAAACUAGGCCCCAAAGUGUUGAACUUUCUUCUGGAUAACUUCCUUUACCAUGACUUUUCUAUUGUCAAUUUUAUCCAGGGGUUUAAGCUUUGUAUGCUAGAGCACUUCCUUAGAAAUCCUCUCAGUGAGCUAUGUUGUCCAGUGGAAGAUGUUGAUGCUAUUGCAUCAAAACUAACACAGGCUGAGAUUGAACAUUUUCGAAGGCAUCCAUCAUUUAUGAGAUACGUUGAAGGCACACCUGGUCCUGUACAAGCUAAAACUGUAUCAGAUUGUGCUGCCGUGAAGAUUAGACUUGCACAAGAAGUUAAAAACUUGCAUUCAUUCCACAAAGUUUUUUUCCCUACGUUGUCUUUUUUACACUGUCUCGGUCAAAAUCUGCCAAAGUUUCCAUUAGGUAAACAUCUCAGAGAACUGUACAGCACUUGCCUGAGUGAGACCAUCCAAGAAUCUGAAGGCUACAAACAGGCUUUCUUUUUCCUUCGUUUGAUGUGCUUUGAUGAACUUUGUGAACUUCUGGGGUCUUGUUUAAAGACUAUUGAAAGUCAGACAUCAGAGAAGACUUUGCUCAGGCUGAAUGAAGAUGUCAAUAAGUUUAGAUACAGACUGAAGCAUUUAGAUGAUGAAAUUGAAGAAUCUGUUCCAGGUGAAGCUGAGAUUAAAAUACUACCACAAAGGGCUAAACUGCAUGAACUCAAGGAGAAACUGCAAUCAAUGUCAUCUUCUCGAAAAAGGUCACCUUACGAGCGCUUAAGAGAAGAGAUUCUCAGUUAUUUAGACAAUCACUUCAAAUGUUCUCUUGUUAGUCCCAUGUCACUAUCUUUGCAUGAAGUUUUGUAUUUUAAUGAAUUGGCUGCUGUCAAGGAACAAAUAAGACCAUCCCCUAGGUACGCAAUCCAAACAGCAUUAACCGAACCAGGUAAAUUGCUGUCUUGUCCUUGUUGCCAGUGUGGUUCUGAUUCUAUUCUAUCAAGCAUGCCAGAUCUUUGUAUUGUUUACAAGCUUCACCUUGAAUGUGGGACACUAGUAAACCUUUACGACUGGCUUCAAGCUUUUGUUAUGAUUAUUUCAUCAAACAAUGGACCUGAAAACCAAAAAAAAUCUAAGAGCAAAGGGCCUACAGUUGAACAAAGGGCAAGGUUCAUCAGAGCUGUUUCGGAGCUUCAAUUUCUUGGCUUUAUUAAAGGAACUCAAAGGAAAACGGAUCAUGUGACUCGUUUGACUUGGUAAUAGUGAUUCUUCAACACAAUAUUUAUUUUGUCUUUUAGCUAUGUUAGUGAAUUGUAAAAGAGCAAAACGCAAAAGAGAAAUCAAAGGUUGCUUUUAGAACAUUAAUGCAAUGAAGUUUUAGUACAAGUUUUAAAGCAUUAAAGAAAAAAAAAGUAUAUGUCAAAAAAAGAUUUACAAAUUUUGUAAACAAAUAUUUGUUUUUAACUUGAAGAUGGGUAUUUGCUUUCAAUUUGAAAUAAUACAGCAGUUUGAUAACCAUUGUUGUUAUUCAAAAUUUUAAGUUGAUGGUCGUAUGUGUUUUUAUGGGUUGUUUUUUUUUCUUUUAAAAGGAUUUGGAUUGUUGCAGGGCUGAGUAAGGUUUUUUGAUUCUUUAUUUAUUUGUAUUGCUGUAUUUUGUUACAUCAGAUCACAAGUUAGUGGGUAGUGAGGACUAGUCAGAAUGUUGCAUAUCUUAUUGCUGUUGUGUUGUAAAAACAUUGAAGUUGUUGGUCAAUUGUGAAUUAAAGUGACUGAUUCUCAUUA